AUGCCAUCGGAAUCGACACCACUAAGUCUUCGUUCGACGUCGCUGCAGAUUAAUCUAAGCAUCUGGAGACGUGAAGAAGCUCGUAGGCGAGACAUCAAGCGCGGUGGCUUCUUCAUCCUCGCACUAUGUGCCUCAAUCGUUAUCGUCACGUAUGUAGCCGAACCUACUGUCGAGAAUAACAACACUAACCAUCAAGUCCAGGCUCAUGCAGGGACACAAAAUAUACCUGUCAACAUGACAACUAAAAGUCCUGAAGCCUUUUGCGGACUCACGACGCAAGAUGCGGGAUAUGUGAAGCUGUCCAAUAAGGUCGAUGAUCACUACUUCUACUGGUACUUUGAAUCCCGCAGCCAACCAAGCACUGAUCCACUCGUGCUAUGGCUCACGGGUGAACUAGGAUGCUCGAGUAUGACAGCGUUGCUGACGGAGAAUGGACCAUGUCAUGUGCUGCCGGACCUGUCCACGCAGCUCAACCCGUACUCCUGGACGAACGAGAGCAACGUGAUAUGGCUAGAUCAACCUACGAGGGUGGGCUUUACGUACGGUGACGAACGCGACGCUGACAACGGCGAGGAUAAUGUGGGUGAGGACAUUUACUACUUCCUACAGGGUUUCUUCGAAAAGCACCUGGAACUGUCUGGUCGCGACUUCUACAUUACGGGUGAGAGCUACGGUGGACAUUCUGUGCCUGUGGUGGCGCAUUACGUGUGGCAGAAGAACAAAGCUACCACUGACACAUCACAACAUAUCAACCUGAAAGGUAUUGCUAUUGGCAACGGAUUGAUGCAGGCGUCCAUCCAGUGGCCGCACUACAUCGACAUGGCGAUUGACAAUGCAUACAAUAUCUCGCUGGUAAACGCGACAGAGCUAGAUAAGAUGAAAGUGGCUAUGCCGGUUUGCAUUUCUCUCUUGGAGCAGUGCCCACAGAACACGACGGCGUGUAUUGAUGGACGAGGCUUUUGUAUGGAGAAUCUGUAUGUUCCGCUGCUAAAGGCUGGCCGAAAUCCGUACGAUAUCCGCAUGCCAUGCAAAAACGAAGGGAAUGGCAUGGAGUGCUACGACAUGUCAUAUGUCUCAAAGUAUUUGGACGCUCCCAACGUGCGCAAAUCACUUGGUGUCGACGUGAAACGCGCGGGUGACUGGCAGGAAUGCAACUCGAAAGUGCGUGAAGUAUUUCUGAAGACCGCAGAUGCCGUCACACCGAUUAAUACAUACAUGGCCGAUCUGCUGAACAACGGUGUUCGUGUGCUCAUUUACGCGGGUGACGCAGAUCUCGUGUGUAACUGGUAUGGCAACCAUGCUUGGACACAAGCAUUGCAAUGGAAGGGAAGAGACGGGUUCAAUGCAGCACCUGAGACACCUUUCAUCAUGGCGGACGGCAUGAACGCGGGCAUGGUGCGCUCCUUCAACAACCAGCUUACGUUCCUGCGCGUGUUCAACUCAGGUCAUAUGGUACCUCAUGAUCAGCCUGCAGUGGCCUUAAACAUGCUCAGCAAGUUUCUCAAGAACCAAGCGCUCUCAAGUUGA